UGGACACUCAGACACACGGACUCGGGUCCCUCGCCUGGGCCAGCCCUCCUGGUACCACCUGGCCCACUUUUCUGGGGUCUAGCCCCUCCUCGCCCUGGGGCCGGGCUGCCUGAGGGACCCGGGCAUCAGCCCUCCAUACCCCUGACAGACCCAACCCAGACGGUAGCCUCGAUGGGCUCGGGUCCUCCACCCACCCCCCAUCAGCCUCUGCCCGAAUUCACAUCGUAGCUCAAGCUUCAGCCCGAACUCAGCCCCAGUCCUCAGAGGAGCCUCAACCGCCCAGGCUCCAGCCCUGCACCCAGCAUGGCCAAGGACUUUCAAAACAUCCAGCAGCUGGACUCCGAGGGAAACGACCACCAGCCGGGUGGAGGGGAGGGGCCGGGCCGUCAUGGGCACAACCCCAGGAGAGAAGACCCCUUCCACGCAGGGCCCCCUCCUCGCCCGCCGUGGCUGCUGCAGCGUCUAUGCUCCAGGCUCCGCCUCAGUCUGCUCAUCCUGGGCCUCAACGUCCUGCUGCUGGUGGCCGUCUGCGUCAUCGGGUCCCAGAGAGCCCAGCUUCAAGAGGAGCUGCGGAUCCUGAAAGAGAACUUCAGCCACUUCUCCUCCGGCGUCUUCACGGAGAUGGGCGCUCUCAGCUCGCAUGGGGGCAAUGCCAGUGACCUGCUGACCUCUCUGGAGGCCAAGCUGGAGAAACAGCAGAAAGACCUGGAAGCAGAUCACGCCACCCUGCUCCUUCAUCUGAAGCACUUCCCCGUGGACCUGCGCAUCCUGACUUGUCAGAUGGCCUUCUUCCGGAGCAACGGCACGGAAUGCUGCCCGGUCAACUGGCUGGAGUUCGAGGGCAGCUGCUACUGGUUCUCCCGCUCCGGGAAGACCUGGCCGGAGGCCGAGAAGCACUGCCGGCUGGAGAACGCGCACCUGGUGGUCGUCAACUCCAGGGAGGAGCAGAAGUUCAUUUCACAGCACAUAAACCCCUUUGAUGCCUGGAUAGGGCUCACGGACAGCGAUGGCUCGUGGAAGUGGGUGGAUGGCACGGACUAUAAUCAUGGCUACAAGAACUGGGCCGCCACUCAGCCAGACGACUGGCAGGGCCACGAGGUGGGAGGAGGCGAAGACUGCGCGGAAGUCCGCUCCAAUGGCCGCUGGAAUGACAAUUUCUGCCAGCAGGUGCAGCGCUGGGUGUGCGAGAUGAGGCAGAACAUCACGGGUUAGAAGCCCCGCCCCCUGCCCCGCCCCCCAGCUCACCGGAGGAUUUUGAGGAAAGGAAAAAUAGAGGCCUGGGGAGGGGCGGAGCGGGUGGGGGGGGCAUCACCGCCCUGGAGAUGCUGAGGUCCCGCCUCCUUCAGCAAGUCACCCUCACGAUUAUCAUUCUCAGGCCGCUCAAUAGGGGAAGAAGAAAUGGCUUGAAACUGUGUGGACUGGUCGUUGGGAGCUGGGAAGAGGUGGGGAGCAAAGAAGGGGUGGGGGGUCCGGAAGAGACAGGUUCAGUCCGAGCCAGCUGCUCCUGGGGACCCCAUCCCAAGGGACAUGGGUCAGGGAGGGGAGGGGGGCUUGGAGCCGAGCCGCUCAGCGGGACGCAGCCCCUGGAAACAGCACCCUCCACCCCCCAAAUCCUUGGCAGUGGGGGGGGGGUCUCCUGCAGAAGAGGUUUUGGGGAACAACAGCCCCCCCUCCCCCCCCCCCCCCCCCCCCCCCCCCGCCAGCCCGGGAGCUGUGGCCCAGCUGCCUGGGGGCCCGUGGAAAAUACUCUCUAAGGGGAGGCAGGUCGGGAAGCCUCUGUGCCCUGUGUCCACUGUGACUGCUCCUCUCUGGACCGUAAGAGAUCUAGACAUUUCCCCAGCACAGGGUGUCACUGGCUGCUUCCACGGUGCCUGAACUUCACCCUUCCAAGAUCAUCCUGAAGGCGAUAUUAAGAGGGCCUUUAAACAAUUGGCUGUUUUAUUUUUACUAAAAUAAUAUAUGGUCUUAGUAAAAAGUGUUUCUCUCCCUCUCUCUCUCUCUCACACACACACACCCAGGGAGGCCCCUCACUCCCCCGCCUUCUCCCAGAGUUAACUAUCGUGCCCAGAGGAUUAGUCAGGGCUCUCCAAAGAACCAGUCGGAUGUGGACGUAUGUGUGUGCAUCACUUAUUAAAGAGAUUUGUUAUAAGGA